AUGCCAGCAUUUUCUGACAACAGCGUCAAGGCUGGGGAGCACUGGAGGGCUAUAUGUGAGCUAGACCUAGCAGAGAGCAGACGUAUUCAAGGGCUGUCCAGUGGCCGCCCAAGACUCACACUCGAAGCAACGAAGACUUCCGCUGUCCCUCGUUGGUGGUCAAUGUUAGAGUAUCCGGAUAAAGACAAGACCAAUGUCUUACUGCCGCGUCGCUGGAUUUCGUACCUGAGCUCAAAGUCCUUCCAAGAGUUGGUUGAAGGGGUGGUGUACGGUAACGGGAUAAGUAGACGAACGGGCGACUGCCAAGCGACCAUACAAGCAGACGGCGGUUUCAUCGCUGACGAGAUUCCAGUCCAUCUGCAGACGGGAGUGGGACUUGUCAGCAUCGAUCGAAUUGAAGGACGUGGAAUGGUUGCGUUGGGAGCUCUGGGAUGA